UGUGAAUCAGUACACUGAGUUAUUCCUUCGACUGCUCUCAAUCUCUGCAAGAGUGAGCUUUCUGUUUUUGCAUCAUAACAGAGCUGAAGUAUGGCUCGUCGUGUGGCAGUGAUUGGAGGAGGUAGUUCAGGUCUGGCCUGUAUCAAGUGCUGUCUGGAUGAGGGGCUGGAGCCUGUCUGCUUUGAAAGCAGCAAUGACAUCGGUGGUCUGUGGAGGUUUAAGGAGAAUCCAGAGCCAGACAGGGCCAGCAUCUACCACUCUGUCAUCAUCAACACCUCCAAAGAGAUGAUGUGUUACAGUGACUUUCCCAUCCCUGCACACUUCCCCAACUACAUGCACAACUCCCUCAUCAUGGACUACUUUCACAUGUAUGCUGACCGCUUCCAGCUCACCAAGCACAUACGCUUCAAUACCAAAGUCUUGCAGGUGAAGCAGAGAUCAGAUUUCUCUCAUUCAGGCCAGUGGGACGUUGAGACGGAGAACAAGGAUGGUGAAAAGGAGAAACAGAUUUUUGAUGCUGUGAUGAUCUGUAUUGGACAUCACUGCCACCCCAACUUGCCACUGCAAGACUUCCCAGGCAUUGACACAUUCAAGGGAAAAUACUUCCACAGCCGAGACUACAAGACUCCUGAGGAGUGGAGGGAUAAAAAGGUUGUAGUGCUUGGAAUAGGAAGCUCUGGAGGAGACAUAGCAGUGGAACUGAGCAGAGUCACCAAGCAGCUGUAUCUAAGCACUCGGAGGGGAGCCUGGAUCGUAAAUCGAGUUUCAGACAAUGGUCUUCCCAGUGAUAUGUUGUACAACAGGAUGUCAAUUAAAGUGCGCCGGAUCCUUCCCUUUGAAUUACUCUGCAGCAUGAAAGAAAGAAAAGUCAACCGAAGAUUUGAUCACAGUCUGUACAACUUGAAGCCAAAGCACAGGUUGUUCAGCCAACAUCCGACAGCGAAUGAUGAGCUUCCCAACCGUAUCCUAUCUGGAACAGUUCAGGUGAAACCCAACAUCCGCCGGUUUCAGGGAUCCAGUGUGGAGUUUGCUGACGGAACUGUCGUGGAAGAUGUCGACCUGGUGGUGUUUGCCACAGGUUACAGGUUUUCCUUUCCAUUCCUGGCCUCAAAUGUGGUCCCAGUGUCUGAGAACAAAGCAUCGCUGUACAAGUAUGUGUUUCCUCCUGAGUUGGACCGCCCCACUCUGGUUAUCAUUGGUCUCGUGCAGCCACUGGGAGCCAUUAUGCCCAUCUCUGAGAUGCAGGCCCGAUGGGCCACACGUGUCUUUAAAGGCAGCACCAAGCUUCCUGCAGUGGCUUCUAUGCUAAAAGAUGUCCAGUGCAAGCAGGAGACAAUGGCUAAAAGGUACGUCACCAGUCAGAGACACACCAUCCAGGUUGACUAUAUGAGCUACAUGGAUGAGAUAGCAGCGCUGGUGGGGGUUCGACCCAACUCCCUGAGGCUGCUGCUGACUGAUCCCAGGCUGGCGCUGAAUGUGAUGUUCGGUCCCGGUACUCCGUACCAGUAUCGUCUCAGAGGGCCAGGGAAAUGGGCUGGAGCCCGUCAGGCCAUCCUCACUCAGUGGGAGAGAGUGUUUAAACCCAUGCAGACCAGGCCCUGUGAUGAUCCUAAACCCAAGAGAUCGUUGAUGUGGCCUCUGAUCCUGUCAGCUGCUGCUGUGGGCUUGGCCUGCGUUAACAGGAACAAACUUCCAGCUUUCCUACAGGAUCCCAGUGUACUGUUGGACAAGAUAAAAGCUUACCUGCAUGCACACUGAUGUGCAAUUCAUAUUCAAUCUGAUGUCAUUAUAGCUGUAUAAUACAUGCUGACUGGCUGGGAGAUCUAAUAAUCAGUAUAGAUAACAUAAAUACAAUUUAAAAAAAUUAAAAUAGAGUAGAGAAAGUUCACAGCUCAUUAAGUGUUAAUGAGGUAACACAUUAGCAAGCAGCAGCGUUUAAAUGUUCAGUCCGUGUUUGGUCAUUUAAACUGAGGUGAUGUAUUAUAUUUCAUUCGCUUAUAGGUAAAAUCUUGAUCUAGAAAAGAUGUUAUAAGUUCAGCUGUGCAAUAAUGGUGUAAAAUAUACACUAUUUCCCUCAUUUCAAUGUAAAACAAAAGGGAAAUACUCAAGUAAAAGUACUUCAAAAUUGUACUAAAGCACAGCAAAUGUACAGGACUUUGCACCUCUGGCAGUUUCUAUGUCAUUACUCCGUCUCCAGGAUGGACCUUUAACUACAGUAAGAUAGUGCACAUUGGUGAAUGAUGCCACCUAAUGGCAGCUCCAGAGCCAAGCUGAUGUUAGGCUUGAAAAAACUAUGUGAAGCGAUGUAUUGUAUAGUGAUUUUUGUGUGUCACAUCAUCAUACUGGCAUUGUGUGAUUAAGGUCGCAUCUCUUUAGAAUCUCAUGUAGUCAAAAUCAGUAGUUUUCUUUCUUUUUAAAGAUGACAAAUGUGUGGUACAAUCAAAAAUAAAGACAUGAAAUUAAAAAUCAA